CGGCCGCACUGUUGUUUUUGAUUGAUGAACCGAAGCGCGUUUUCUCAAAUGUAAACAUAAUUUUCCAUUGUUUCGUCACUUUUUUCGAGUUCUAUAAAGUGAAUUUCUCCUGAAAACCAAUAAAAUCUUUAGUUAGAACCAACUCAGCAUGAAAACCGAAACCGAACCGCACCACAAUCCGGCCGACCCUUCCGGAUUGUGUCGAACAUGUAUGCUGAGUGGCUCGCCAGAAUCGCUGAUAGCCGUCGGUUCCGAACUGGAAGAAGGUGCCCCGAUUGCCAGCGUUAUCGGAGAACUGACCGCCGUCCAGAUCAAACAGAAGGAUGGUCUCCCGGAAGCGGUCUGCGCCGAAUGUGUGGCUGAAUUGAAGCAGUUUGUGGAAUUCAUCCGGAAGGUACGGGUUUCCGAUCGGAAGUUAAGGCGGUUGUUCAAAGGAGGGAAUUCGGAGAGCGUUGCACAAGAAGAGGUGUAUGUUAAGCAAGAAAGCGAUUCUUGGAACUGUAAGGAGGAACUGAUGGUGAAUGAUGAGACUGAGGAAGUUAUCGAGGAGGUCAUAGUCGAUGAGGAAUACCUGGAAUUGGAUGAGGACACGGUGUGGAAAGUUGAGGAGGAACCUAAUCAAAGCACUACAACUGCCGGAGAUAAUUCCGAAAUAGAUUUCGUUGGAUUUGACGAUGCUGAGACAAAACCCCAGAUUGAUGUUCCCGAUUUGACCACAAGGAAGCAAAAGCGAAAGCGGCUUUAUCAUAGGUAUAACAAGAACCCCACGGAUUACACUGUCCUGGAUGAGGUUGAGCAGCAAAUUUUCAUCACUAUAGAAGUAUCGGAGGGCGAUUUGAUGUGCUGUUCGUGUUAUAAAAUCUUUGAGGACGAGGAAGAGUUCAAAGACCACUGCGAGGAUCAUCGCAAAAAAGCCAGGUUGAACGUUUUGAGGCCGCACGUUUGUGAAAUUUGCUCUAAGAGGUACACAACGGCUCAAGGUUUGACUCUGCACAUGAAUCAAUCGCGAAGCGUCGACAAAGUUUAUGAGUGCAUUCGAUGCAAGUCUCGGUUCCUAAACUCCAAAACUCGUCGUCAUCAUGCUCACAACCAUCCUCAAAAGGAGGUAAUUCAAUCGGCUGUAAUUGCGCCUAUAAGAAUUCAGCCAAACCAUCGCAAGGGAAGAAUCUGCUGCGCCCAGGGCUGUGGAGAAUCGUUCGCCACGGACGAAGCGCUUAUCGAACAUGCCCAAGAAGCUCAUCGACUGAACAAGAUGGCCUCAACCCUACCGGAAUACCAAGACAAGCCGUUUGAGUGUCCAGUUUGCUAUAAGAGGUUCUUCGAUCAAGCAGCGUUGGUUUCGCAUCAGAAACGAAAGUACAAGAAUCCCGUCCGCCAAUGUUCGAUCUGCGGGGCGAAGGUUCCCGGGGCAGCGGCACUGGCCGCUCACGAACGAAUGCACACGGGAAUUAGGCCGUUCCCCUGUGGUUCAUGUCCUAAAUCGUUUGCAAGUACUGCCCUGCUGAAGGCGCAUUCCCUCGUGCAUCGCAAAGACAAGCCAUUCAUGUGUCCGACUUGUGGCAAAGGAUUCAACCGGAAGGCCACCCUCCAGAAGCACGAGCUGAUCCAUGCCAAUUUGUCGGUAUUCGACUGCGACGUCUGUGGAAAGCCAUUCCGAACCAAAUCGAGACUGGACCUGCACACGAGAACUCACUCCGGAUUCAAGCCGUAUCCCUGCCGAUAUUGCGAAAAGGCCUUUGCCGACCAUAGUAAUCGUCAUCGUCACGAAAUGGGGCACACAGGCAUCAAGCCAUACAAGUGCUCGCAGUGUGACAAAACUUUCAUCACGAAGCGACUUCAGGCGGAACAUGAAAGGUCAAAUCAUGCUAUUGCUACUGUCUACACGUGCAGUAUUUGCAUGGAAUCGUAUACCAACAGAGCAUCUUUGACUAAGCAUAUGGCGCUGCACGACGAUGAAGAUGCCGCAGCCGUAACUAAGCUAGUAGGAUAGUUAUGCUUAUUUUUUUUUUCGAUAAAAAUUGAAUACGUGAAUAACACCUUUGGUAGGUAGCAGAA